AUGCACGUCAUGAAAACAGUGGCUGCACAGGAUGACUCUUGGAUCAUUGGAGGUCAAGAGUGCCCCAAGCACGCUCAACCUUUCCAGGUCAUCCUCUCCAACAACAAGAAAAAUGGUCCAGAUGUUCAAUGUGGUGGAGUCCUGAUAGACAAGGACUGGGUACUUACUGCAGCUCACUGUGAUCACCAGGGGGAUAUUUAUACCCGGAUGGGUGAUUACAGCCUUCGAGCCAACGAGGGUUCUGAGCAAUGCAUCUCCUCUGUGCAGAAAUUCCGACAUCCAGCCUAUAACCCCACCACACAAGAUAGUGACCUCAUGCUGCUACAGUUGCGCAACUCCGCCAGCAUUAACCAGUAUGUCUGACCCAUUGAGCUGGCCACCGAAUGUACUCAGCCUAACACUCGUUGUGAGGUAUCAGGCUGGGGCACCAUCAAGUCACCACAAGCUGAAUACCCUGACCUCCUACAGUGUGCAAGGGUCUAUACAAUACCCCAUGAAGACUGCAAACAGGCAUACCCAAACUCUAUCAUGGAAAACAUGCUAUGUGCUGGUGUGAGAGGAGGUGUGGACUCUUGUCAGGGUGACUCUGGGGGACCCUUAGUGUGCAACAACAGACUCCAAGGGAUCAUCUUCUGGGGGAUGCAAAUCUGUGCCCAACCUGGGAAGCCUGGAUUUUAUGCAGACAUCUGCCGAUUCACCAACUGGAUUCACGACACCAUGCAGAGAAACUCGGGCAACCAAGCUGUGUAUUCCCGCUAG